AUGGCGGCGGGCCCGAGCGGCCCGGAAUGGCGGCGGCGGCGGCGGCCGCUGCAGCUGCUGACGCAGUUGGGGUCGGUGCUGCUGACGCGCUGCCCGUUCUGGGCCUGCUUCAGCCGCCUCAUGCUGUACGCAGAGAGGGCCGAGGCCCGACGAAAGCCGGACAUCCCCGUCCCCUAUCUGUACUUCGACCUGGGGGCCGCCGUGCUGUGCGCCAGCUUCAUGUCCUUCGGGGUCAAGCGCCGCUGGUUCGCACUGGGCACGGCCCUGCAGCUGGCCGUCAGCACCUACGCGGCCCACGUCGGCGGACACGUCCACUACGGAGAUUGGCUCAAGGUCCGGAUGUACUCCCGCACCAUCGCGGUGAUCGGCGGCUUCCUGGUGUUGGCCGGCGGCGCGGGGGAGCUGUACCGCCAGAAGCCGCGCAGCCGCUCGCUACAGGCCACCGGACAGCUCUUCCUGGGCGUCUACCUCAUCUGCGCGGCCUACUCCCUCCAGCACAGCAAGGAAGACCGACUGGCCUAUGUGAACCACAUCCCGGGCGGAGAGCUGACCCUGCAGCUGCUGUUCAUCCUGUACGGCGUCCUGGCCCUCUCCUUCCUCUCCGGCUACUACGUGGCCGCGGCCGCCCAGGUCCUGGCCGUGCUCCUGCCGCUCGUCAUCCUGCUCAUCGACGGCAACCUGGGCUACUGGCACGGCUCCCGCCGCGUGGAGUUCUGGAACCAGAUGCGGCUCAUCGGGCAGAACGUGGGCAUCUUCGGGGCCGUGGUCAUCCUGGCCACGGACGGCUGACGAGGGCGGGAGCGGCCCCCGGGGGGAAGGGCGGGGGCGGGACGG